UCAGAAACAACAGCAAAUAAACACAGCCUUCUCAAUUAACCCCUGAGAGUUCUCUCUUCACUAAGGAGAACCAAAGGGGUUGUUUCAUAGGGAAACUCCCUUUUGAUCCUUCCCCCAAAAAUCCCCAAAAAAGAAAAAACAAAAACAAGAAAAUUUUAAAAAAUGGCUAAUAAGAAAGUGGUCAUUGGUGGAAUAGCCUCAAUUCUUGUGGUGGCUUGUGUUGUAGCAGCAUGUGUUACACUCACAAAAAAUGAUGAAACUUCAUCUUCUGGCCAAGUCACAACUUCUACAAAAUCAGUAAAAGCUAUGUGCCAACCUACACCUUACAAACAAACUUGUGAAAAAACUCUUUCCUCAGCCAAAAAUGCUUCUGAGCCAAAGGAUUUUAUUAAAGUGGCAUUUGAAGCUACUGUCACUGACAUUAGAAAUGCAAUCAUGAACACUGAUUUGAUCAUGCAAGCAGCUAGUGAUCCUAAAACCAAAGACGCGCUUCACGCUUGUGAAGAGCUCUUUGAUCUUGCCAUUGAAGAUCUAAGGACUUCUGUAUCGAAAUUGGAAAGCUUUGAUCUAACCAAAAUUAAGGACAUCGUCGAUGACCUUAAGACAUGGCUUAGCGCUGUGGUUGCUUACGAGGAAACUUGCUUGGACGCUUUUGAAAAAACAGAUGGUGAUACAGGUGAGAAAAUGGUGAAGUUAUUGAACACAACUCGGGAGCUAAGUAUCAAUGGUCUAGCCAUGGUCAAUAGCUUCGGUGAAAUGAUCACACAAACUACAGGCCUUAGCCGAAAAUUGUUAACUACUGAUGAAUCUUCGUUUGUUGAGGCUAGUAACCGUAAGCUUCUGCAAAUUUCUAACGCCAAGCCUAAUGCCGUGGUUGCUCAGGAUGGUAGUGGACAAUAUAAGACCAUUACUGAUGCACUUAAAGCUGUGCCAAAGAAGAAUACAGAGCCAUUUGUUAUCCUAAUCAAGGCUGGUAUAUACAAAGAAUACGUUGAAGUUGAAAAAGGCAUGACAAACGUUGUGUUUAUUGGUGAAGGCUCAACCAAGACCAAAAUUACUGGUAAUAAGUCCGUCAAGGGACCUGGCAUUGGUUCAACUUGGCAUACUUGCACUGUUGGUGUUAGUGGAGAAGGUUUCGUGGCUAGGGAUAUAGGAUUCGAGAACACAGCAGGACCAGCACAAGAACAAGCAGUUGCACUACGAGUGAAUGCUGACAAGGCAGUUAUCUACAACUGCAAAAUCGAUGGUUAUCAAGACACACUAUACGCACACUCUGGUAGACAGUUUUAUCGCGAUUGUAUCAUUUCAGGAACCAUAGAUUUCGUGUUUGGUGAUGCAGCUGCCGUAUUCCAAAACUGCAAAUUAAUAGUAAGGAGGCCAGGUGAUGGGCAGAAUUGCAUGGUAACUGCUCAGGGAAGGACCACAUCUGCUUCGAAAGGUGCAUUCGUUAUACAAAAUUGUGAGAUCAAAGCAGAACCAGAGUUCCUAGCAGCAAAACCACAAAUGAAGGCGUUUCUUGGACGUCCAUGGAAGGAAUAUUCACGAACAAUAAUCAUGCAAUCGUUUAUCGACGGAUUCAUUGAUCCAUCAGGGUGGGCUCCAUGGAAUAUAACUGAUUUUGGAAUACAUACUUGUUGGUACGCUGAGUAUCAGAAUAGAGGUGCAGGAGCUAGCCUUGACAAAAGGGUUAGUCAUUGGAGAGGUUACCAGAGGGGAAUUUCAGGAGAUGUUGCAAAUUCAUUUACUGCUGGUGUAUUUAUUAAUCCCACAGAUAAUAGCUUCCUUCCUAAGGCUGAUAUUCCCUAUGAGGCUGGCAUGAUGAAGGUGUAAACUUUUUUGAUGUAACCUUCAAAAAAAUUACAAUUACUUCAUUAUGUUUAUGUUUUGUCCCUUGGGACUAUUUUGUUUUACCUAAUUAAUUAUUUUUUGCUCCUCUAUUUGAAUAAAAUUAUUUCAUUCUUCCAA